UGUUUCCUUCACCAGUCAAGUUCGAUUGUUGUUACGAACAGGCCACUGGAAGGAAGUCUGCCAGAGACAUUCUGACAAGUGUGUACUAGUAGUGUGUGACCAGUAUCGUCGUCUCCCAUAGGCCAAAACCUUUGAAAUGCGCUUCUUUGUGGUUCUAGCCGCCUUUCUGGCCGUGGCAUCGGCUGAUAUAGGGAUCAAGCUGCGCCAGGGAGCAGCGGCCGGUAGCAGUAGCUACGCCGGUAGCCAAAGCGCUGUGAGCAUCGAUUACUCACCCGUCGUCUUCGAAGACACGAUCGUCGGUGGAGGUGCAUCCGGUGCCAGUGCUGGCUCAUACGGUGGAGCCGGCUCGUACGGCGGCGCUUCCUCCGGAGCGUCCAGCAAUGCCUACGCAGGCGCUGCCAGCGGUGCACAGUACAACCAGGCGGGACUUUUUGGCGGUGCUGGUGCAUCUGCCGGUUCGUCUGCAUCGGCCGGCUCAUUCGGUGGGGCCGGUUCAUUCGCAGGAUCUAACGCCGACAGCUUCGCUACCGGCAGCUCGUCCGGAGCUUCCGCCAGCGCUUCCAGCUCGGCCAAUGCUGGAGUCAACAUCAUCACUUUGCCAACGGAGAUCAAGAAGCACUUCUACUAUCACGUAGCGCAGGACGAUGCGAUUGCUGAAACCGAAACCAAAACCCUCACCAUCACGCCCCGCCAGCACUACAAGGUCAUCUUCAUCAAGGCCCCGUCUGCCAGCGCCAACGCCGGUGCAUCGUCCAAGGCAGCCAGCAAAAUAGAUGAGAAGACGAUCGUCUACGUGCUCGUCAACAAGCCGGCCAAGGCAAAUGCCACUAGUGAGGCCGAGGCAAGCUCGUUCUCCUCUGGUAAGCCGGAGGUAUACUUCGUCAAGUACCAGGGUGCUCAGGCUACCUCUAGCUCAAUCUCUAAUUCGCAAUCGGGUGGAUCGAUUGCCAUCAGCAAUGCCAAUGCUGGCGCUGGUGCAAAUGCUAUUUCUGGUGCUGGAGCCAAUGCUAUCUCUGGCGCUGGAGCCAAUGCUAUCUCUGGCGCUGGUGCCAAUGCUUACUCUGGCGCUGGUGCCAAUGCUUACUCUGGCGCUGGUGCCAAUGCUUACUCUGGCGCUGGUGCUGGAUCCCGUGGUGCCGGUAUCAUCACUGGUGCAAAUUCACUCGCUAAUGCUGGUGCAUUGGCCGGAAACAGCGGAUACAACUCUGUCGGAGCUUCUGCCCAAGCUGCUGCCCGAUCCACGGCCGGAGGACUGGCAUUUGCGCCCUAGUAUGGCCCGCACACAGGAAGAAAGGCGAUUCCAAAGCGUCUGUGUUCAGCCUCAACGGCUGGAACGAUGCAGCAUUACUCAAGGAAAUCGAACAGUCACAUUGAAAAACCGAACAAGUACGAAUCGCACAGAUUUGGCUCAAACCAGAAAUAAUGAGUCGAGCUGACGGCUUCGUGAUGUACCUUUCGAGUAGAGCUUUUCCCUCUACACGUAUUCCUUUGCCUCUUCCUCUUAGUCACCGUGAUCAGGACUUUUCCUCUCCCUUUGUACAUUAAACGUAAGCAACGUAAGAUAGGUUUAUUUUUCCCUUGAGCGUCGUCGAACGAUCUGGACGUGGGUGACAGUAACGAUCUAGUGGAAUGGAGUUUUGUGUGUACGUAUAGUGAGAAGAAGCCAGCAAUUGUAUCAUAAUAAAAGCGUAUCCACACACA